AUGUCGAUCCUCAGCCACGCGCUUCGCCAGGCGUUCAUGCCGAAGCGCGAGUACGAAAGCCUCCGCGACGAAGACAAAGCGUGGCUUCGCCUUCAGAGGCCGUUGCUGGUCUCCCUCGUGAUCAUUGUGUGGGUGGCCAUUUUUGUUUCCACGGUUGUUAGUUUGAAUAUAGUGUUUCCAGGGAGUAGUGGAAAGAGACCCUUCUGCGGCGAGUUGCGGAUUCAGCCGCUGCCGUCCACCAGUGUCAAAGGCGACUCGGAUCGGUUGAUGGGUGCGUUUUAUUUGACGGAUCAAGAGACUGCGGAUUAUUACUGGAUGGUUGUGUUCAUUCCUUCGUUGAUAGUUUUCCUGGCGUCGGUGGUUUAUCUUUUGGCAG